UAUUUGGUUGUUGCUCUGUUAGUAAUAUAUUGUACGGUAGACUAUAUAUAUUAUAAGGUGUUGUUGCUCUGUUUGUAACAUAUUGCACGGUAGACUAUAUUAUAUAACGUGUUGUUAAACAGACUGUCGACAAGAUGGUUUGGUUGAAGUAUCUUCUUGUUUACCUACUAUUGGCUAGUCUUGUUGAAGAGAUUAAUUCAGUAAGGGAUGAUAAUGGACAAUGUAUUUGGUAUGACACAUGUGGCCAAGACCCUUUAACUGACAAAACAUUAAACUGUGUAUACAACGGUCCAGCUAAACAACUUAAUGGUACAACUGGUUUGAAAAUAUUGCAGAAAUAUUGCCCUUCUCUCUAUACGGGACGGGAAACCAAAACGUGCUGUUCUACGAACCAACUGAAAUUUCUGGAAAAGGAAAUGGUUUUGCCUUAUCAAAUAUUAGGAAGAUGUCACGCAUGUUACCAGAAUUUUGUCAACAUGUAUUGCUACAUGACUUGUGAUCCUCAUCAAAGUGAUUUUCUAGGUGUUAAUAGUAGCAACGGCUCGCAAAUUACAGCCAUCAACUAUACCAUAUCGACAGAAUUUGCUUAUGGAAUGUAUAAUUGUUGUCGUAAUGUGAUGAUAGCGUCCACAAAGAAACGAGCUCUCGGUAUUCUGUGUGGUCGAUCAGCUAAAGAUUGUACGCCGGAAAUAUUGUUAGAUUUUAUUGGCGAUAGACGGAACGGCGAGACACCCUUUGGCAUUAAUUUUAAUAUCACGGAUGAUAUCGUGCCAUUUGGGAACCGGACAUUAAAACCUUUAAAACGCCCACUAAUACCCUGUAAAUCUACAAUACACAAGGCUGUAACCAAGAUGGAUUUCACAGCCAAAGACAGUCGAGUUAGAGAAGAGAAAAAGCAUUUUGUUUCACACUAUGGACCUAUGCAUCGAAGAGAACAGGUGAUUAUAAGACGAGCUGGUUAUCAUCCUCGUGUAAAACACAACAAGCCUCCACCAGCUGCGGGUGUGGACUAUUUUGAUCCGAUAUUUGACCGCGAGUUCAUGCAUCAGGUUUUAGCUCUUCAGAAUGAUAUCAGCGAAUUAACAGCCAGGUUUAAGAACGAGACUGUUUCACUAGAUGAUGUUUGCUUGAAGCCUCCCGUGUUACUAAACACAUGCUAUGAUCCCUUGCCACAGUGGAACAACAACUGUUCUAUAUAUAGUCCAUUACAAUAUUAUCAAAAUAGUCAUUACAAUCUUGAUAAAGAAAAAUGGGACGAAUAUCAUUUUUUUGUGCUGGCAGAUUAUCUCGAUCAUUUUCUUCUGUGUGUAGAGACUAGUGGUGGUUUAAUAAAUGAUGUACUGGGACUGUCGUGUACGGGAACAUUUGGUCUUCAUGUACAUCCGUGGCUAGUACUCGAUGGUAUCACAGGACAUGGUGAUUAUAAUAAUGCGACGGCUCACGUGCUCACGUUCGUCCUCAACAAUCAAAGCAAUAUAAUGGAUCCUGCUAAGGUCACUGCGUGGGAAAAGGAGUUUAUUGAUUUUAUGAGGAAUUAUAAAAAUCCCAACAUGACCAUAUCGUUCAGCUCCCAGUAACUGAAAGAAGAUGAGAGUUGAAGAGAAGAGCAUGUUUCUGUAAGAGAAUUUAACAUGAUUACAUGCUUACCUAAAGCUACAAACUGGUAUUUACCGUUAAUACGACAUGAUUCCAACACAACAUUACUAAUUCAAACUUAUUGUUUACAAGUAUCAAAAUGAUUAGACACAAGAUUGAAUGAUUUAAAAGUAACCAUUUUCAUACAUAGUUAUUUUAAUAACGCUUUACAAUUUUAAACAUGAUAGUGAAAUAAUAUAUAAACAUUGUAAAUUUUAUAUGUAUUAGUUAAACAUAUAUUAUGCAAGAGCUAAAUCUGCCUAUUGCAGGUCUUUCUUUAGGCCUGAAAUGUUAUCUAAAUUAUUAAUUAGACAUUAAUUAAUUUAUCCAGACCAUAAUCAACUCUCGAUAUAAUCGCAAGCAUGCGAUAUUUACUGGAUUGGGACCCGAUUUGCUGCUCAACUUUUAUUCAUGAUUUAAUCAUGAAAUGGAUAAUCGAGACUAUGUGUUUUAUCGUACCGAAUUUAGUAAUGCUGAGCGAGUCUAGGCCAAAAAUUCAAUCGCUAGUUCUCGGUUCAGAGUGGAUCCAUUUGACUGAAAUCUUCAGCAAAUUCCCUUUACAUUAUCUAGUUUUUAACUAUUGUAGUGAGAACUGUUAGCUCUUAAUCUAAUUUCACAUAAUGUAUCUUUAAUAAAUACUGUUAAUAGAUAACAGGUAGGAAUAUAUAUAAUAUAGGUUAUACCAGCUUUCAAUAAAAACUCAUUAAAGAAUUAUCAACAUCA